AUGGUGCGAGAACUGGCAUCGUCAGGGCCUUUCCCCGACCUCGUGUCGCCGCCGUUCAGGGCGGUGGUGUACGAGCAGCAAGGUCCCAUGGACGCCAUCACCAGAGUGGUGGAGGUUCCGCCAGUUUUGGUGAAGGAGAAUGACGUGUGCGUCAGAAUGCUCGCCGCGCCUAUCAAUCCUUACGACAUUAACAGCAUCGAAGGUGUGUAUCCGGUGAGGCCCCAACUGCCCGCAGUUGGAGGACGUGAAGGAGUUGGCGAAGUACACUUAGUUGGCCCUGCCGUGAAGGAUCUUUCUCCUGGCGAUUUGGUCAUUCCAUCUCCACUGUCUUUUUGGACAUGGCAGACUUACAUUGUGAAAGACCAGAGUGUAUGGCAAAAAAUUGAUAAGAAUUCUCCUAUUGAAUAUGCCGCAACAAUUUCAAUUAAUCCUCCUACCGCUUUGAGAAUGCUUAAAGACUUCACCUCUUUGGAACCGGGGGAUUCGAUUAUGCAAAAUGGGGCUACGAGUAUGGUGGGUCGAUGCCUCAUCCAAAUUGCGAAAUCCCGUGGCAUCCAUAGCAUCAACAUAAUCAGGGACAGGUCUGGCUCUGAUGAAGCAAAAGAGGCGUUGAAGAAACUUGGUGCUGAAGAAGUGUUCACUGAGAGCCAAUUAGAAAUAAAGAAUGGUGAUCUAAAAGAACCUGCCCUUGGAUUAAACUGCGUUGGUGGCAAUACUGCUUCCUUGGUGAUGAAAUUUUUUGAGGUUUUUGUUCUCGGGUGGGGAGGAACCAUGGUGACAUAUGGUGGGAUGUCUAAGAAACCAAUUACAGUGUCAACUUCAUCUUUUAUCUUGAAGGAUCUUUCUUUGAGGGGAUUUUGGCUGCAUAAGUGGAUGAGUUCAAAUGAUGUAACAGGGUGCAGAAGAAUGAUAGAUCACUUGCUCGAGCUAGUGCAGGAUGGGAAUUUAAAAUACGAGACGGAGCUGGUUCCUUUUAGUGAUUUCCACAUUGCACUGGAUAAAUCAUUGGGGAAACUUGGAAGCCAUCCUAAGCAAGUCUUGAAGUUCUAGGGCUACUGAAUAUUUAAGGGCAGUGAGACGAUCAAAAAAUUUUGUGUCAUAUCCUUCAGACGAUCAGCUGUUCUGAAGUUGAGGCACUGGAUCAACCGGGCACGAUAACUAUGUAUCUUUUCCGUUAU